CCAGGCGGAGAGGCGGGGCGAUGAGGGCGGAGCCUCUGUCGUUUUCCUGGCGGGCCGUAUUCGCGCGCUAUCUUCCGUGGCUCUCGGCUCCCGUUCGCUGCGUGGCAUGUGGUCAAGUCACGGUGGGUAUGACAGUGCGUAUGGCGGAGGAGGAGGAUAUACACAGUCGCCUGGAGGAUUCGCAUCACCUUCUGCAACGCAAGGCGAAAGAAAACCGAGGUCAAGAUCGCAGAAUAUUGUUCCCUGUACAGUGUCUCAGUUACUUUCUGCAGAACAAGCGGAUGAUGUUUUCAGAGUCCGAGAAGUUGAACUUUCACAGGUCACCAUCGUGGGUAUAAUCAGACAAGCUGAAAAGGCGCCAACAAACAUUCUGUAUAAAGUAGAUGAUAUGACUGCAGGCCCAAUGGAUGUGAGACAAUGGGUUGACACAGAUGAAGAAGGCAGUGAAAACAUUGUGGUGCCACCUGGGACAUACGUGAAAGUAGCUGGUCAUCUGCGAUCUUUUCAGAACAAAAAGAGCCUUGUUGCAUUCAAGAUCAUGCCGCUGGAAGAUAUGAAUGAGUUCACUAUGCAUAUGCUUGAAGUUGUCAAUGCACACAUGAUGCACAGAAAAAGCAACAUGUCUUCCGUGAAGACGCCACAGUCACUUGGUAUGACAGGGAUGGGCAGCAUGCCAAGCUAUGGAGGAAGUGAUGCCAUGUCAGUGGGUGGGCUUACCCCACAUCAGAGCCAGAUCCUGAAUUUGAUUAAAAGCUGCACAACAACAGAAGGCAUAAGUCUUCAAGAUCUGAAGUCCCAGUUGCAUAGUAUGAAUCUGCCAACAUUGAAGAAAGCUGUUGAGUUUCUUAGCAGCGAGGGACAUAUCUAUUCCACAAUUGACGAUGAGCACUUUAAAUCGACAGAUGCCGAUUAAGGCCUAGUUCAGUCAUAAUCAUAGUUGUUUUUUGGGCUAUGAUCAUGAUGGUUGCACCAGGUUUGAUAGUAUUUCUGAAGGUCAUGCUUAUGAACCAAGUGGAUUCUAUCUAGAUUAGAAGAAGUUCAUUUGUUGACAUCACUUUGGAAUUGUAUUUCAACUUUACCUGACUUCUAUUAAGUAGAGCAAUCCUAGAAAAAUGCUUAGAAUUAUUUUUUUAAAUAGUACUUUGAGUGUAUAAUGGCCAUAUUUCAAGUAACUUCCAAUGCCUCAAAUAAAGCUAUUUUCUGAUUUUG